GGUAGUAACCAGCAGAGAUAUCGACGUCAAAGUGCAUUGUUUGGCCAUGGCACAAGCACCAGAGACAUCUGGUUCCUCAACCAUCCCAGGAGACUCUGACCCUGACACGGCCACUUUGAGCCAUGUCGAGGCGCUAAGGGAGUUGCAAGACUUCGUCCAAAGCAGACAGAUACCGUACUUGGGCCAGUGGUAUUCCAGGAUUGCCCUGAAAAAGCUGGGUGUACAGAUCACAAGCCAUGACAGGGACUCUUCACCAUGGGUCGAUGAGGGCCGUUGUCUCAUACGAGAGGUGCACGCUCAUGCUCAUGAUGCCUGGUCCACAGCGCGGCCACAAAUGGGCGCUGUGCCCCAUUUGGGGUUCACGGGUUCUGGGGAGUUUAUGUUUGUUGUUGUGAUCUUCAUCGUCGUGUUCACGGUUUGUUCCUCAGCAUUUUUGUUUUUGCAUGUUUUUGCUGCUACUGGCUCGGCAAUGUGUGGGGGUUUUGGCCUAAACUUUUCACUCAGUGUUGGACCUUGGGUGGCAGUUCGGACCAUUCAUUCAGGUUCGGGGACACGUUAACAUAAAAUGGCCAUGGCCCAGGCUUCCAGAGACCUCGAACGCCCUGUGAGCUGCGAGGGCUGAAAA